CCACGCUGAACUCGACAGUAACACACCGCUCUUCGAGAGUAUAGAGACUCGAUAAAAACAUUUUCUUAGGCAGUCGGCUGAGCAGAUACAUAAAUAUCGAGAAGGUAACGUGGAAUUAUCACCAGCUUUAAGUGUAUAAAAGAAACUUUACUCACAAUGGCCCAGAUUUACACUCCCUUGAAUUCAGAUUUGUGUCAAAUCCGGCGCUUAACCCUUCAACCAGCUAUCAGCCUCAAUGAUACCCUCCAUGGUAAUCUCGAUGUGGUUUCCCUGGAGUCAAGCCCAGAGUAUGAAGCUCUCUCAUACGUAUGGGGCUCAACCACACCAGCUAAGACUAUCAACCUUGAUGGCCUUCUAAUUUCCAUCACGCCAAAUCUCGACAAUGCUUUACGUAACCUUCGUCUUCCCAAUCUUCCUCGAAUCCUCUGGGUUGACGCAUUAUGCAUCAAUCAGGAUGAUCUCGACGAACGUGCCUCCCAGGUUGCGCUGAUGAGGCGGGUCUACACGGAGGCUACUACGGUCUUGAUUUGGCUCGGUUCGGAAUCGGAUGGUAGUGAUGAUGCGAUGCGGAGUAUUGAGCGGUUUGAUAAGGGGUAUUGGAAAACGUAUGAUUUCCAGACUCAGUUUAUGGAGAUUCUUUUUCGGCCGUGGUUUACGCGCAUUUGGACGGUGCAGGAGUUUGUUAUGGGGAAGCAUAGUGUUGUGGAUGGAAGAAUGAAAAAUCCAUUGUUUGGGUGUGGGGGUGUAUGGGUUGAGUGAGUAUUCGGUUGCUCUUCUUACUUUACUUCCUUAUAUGCACUUUUGCUUUUGGAUAUAUACUACGAUCCAUGUUUUCUGCCAGUUACAUUUUAUAUAUUCAACUCACACUCAGAGACUAGCUGAACGGCUGCUGAUUCUUCAUAUUUAGAUGGCUGUCCUUUAUCACGGCAUGGGCCCAUUUUUCAGACGAUACAAACAUCAUGGAGGAGAAAUACAAGAAAGCGUACCACGAUGCGGUGGCCAAGACAUUUGAGCCCGAGUGGAUUCGACUUGCUCAUUCAAAACCAAUGGGCACAGAGCCUACUUCUCUAGAAGGAGUAAUCACAGGACUGAGAAGCGCAUUUGGUGAAGACUUCUUAGAGAAUUUACCCUAUUCCAGUGUAAAAGAUUUAGAUGAAGAAAUCCAGCUCAACCCACAUGUAUGGAGAGCCAGAUACAUCACAAUGAGACAUUCUCAGUACGAUUCAAUCGAAGCUAAAGCAUUUUGGAGAAGAAUGGAACUUACGAAACGCGUUCCAAUCACUUACCAUGGCUUUCUUAUGCACUCCCGCGGUACUCUUCGCAUCCGCAAGGAACCGCUUACUCUUGAAACUGUCCUAAAAGGCACAAUGAAUCUUCGCUCCACCGAUCCACGGGACAAGAUCUACGGAAUCCUUGGUCUAUUGAGCGAAGAGGCUAGAGCAGCUAUUCCUAUUGAUUACCACAAGGAGCCAGAGUGGACAUUUGUCCCGACAAUGACUUACAUUAUACAUCACGAGCCCAAAGGUCUAGCACUUCUCGGCCUUCUUUGGCGGACACGCCAGUUUAAAACACCCCUUCCCUCAUGGGUCCCAGAUUUCACCAUCUCGGCUGAUUAUAACGAUGAACAUAAUCCCGUCUUUCUGCGCGGUGGUUGCGCAAAUUACGGUUGGGACUGGCCUGAAGAUACCAAUGCCACAGUUUCACAGGACAGAAUCAUACUUUCGGCGCACAUGAUUAAUUUUGGCCGCGUCACUCAUAUCAUCUCUUUCAUCGAUGGAGAUCGCAACUACUAUAUCUCGCGAUUCAAAGAGAUCGAAUCUCUUCUCACCAUUCAUGCGGCUCUGAGUGAACCUCUCUGGAGGACGCUUGUGGGUAUUCGCAACACGGAUCAGGGAUUAAUAGCACCAUACCCGCGAACUUUCGAAACAUUAAUGGGACGAAUUCCCGAGCAGAAUGGCGAUGCACAGAAAAUGUUCCAAGAUGCCAUUUUACCUAUUGUUCGGGGACGGAAAUUUUUUAUCACUGAUAGAGGAUUUGCGGGUGUGGCUACGCCAAUGAUUAGAGACGGAGAUAUGAUUUCUAAUAUUAUAGGGAUGGGUAGGCCGGCUGUUUUGCGGGAUAUUGAUCCCGAGGAGAUAGGUAUGGAGAGGAGAGUUGAUGGUGGGAGGUUGUAUCAUAGGAUCACUGGAUUUGCUUAUGUGGGUUGUCAUGAUAGGGAUGGAUUUGAGAGUUUGGUCAAAGAGAAUGUAGGAGAUCGGGAUAGACAUUGUUGUGUUGAUAAGGAGCUGGAGGAGUGUUUUAUUAUUUGAAGCUGGUGAAAAUUUUAUUUUGAUUAGAUUUCGUAUUUUGAAAAUCUGAGAGAUAACCUAUAACCUUACUUGUUUGUGGUUGUCAGGGUUGAUUGAGUGAAUGCGAACUUGCAGUACAUAGUAGGUAACAAUCAUUAGAAUUUGAGUGCGACAGCUUUGUUCCAGGGACCUUGGGAUAGUAUGAAGGUCUUAUGAAUAAUUCGCUGGACCGUGACGAGGGUUGCGAUCUA